AUGUCAUCUCAUAAACCAUCCGCAGCAGAUACAUCCUCAGGUGACCCAGAACCUCAGAAUAGUCAGCAGGACGCUCUUGGUUCAGAAUCUUCCUACCCUCUCAAUAUGCCCAGCUACUCAAACAUGCCCUCAUCAUCGCCCCAGGGCUCAAGGAAACACAGCUCCUCGAGCAAAUCGAAGCAAAAGUCAGACGACUGGUCUCAAGUCACGGACCCGGAAGAGAGGAGGCGCAUUCAAAAUCGCAUUGCCCAGCGGAAGUUUCGGACCAAGGCCAGAGAGCAGAAGGAGAAGAGCGACCGGGACUCGCGCAAUGUCGAGUACGCCGGUAGCAGUUACCAAGUCCCUGGUGCGGACGACUUGGGGCUGACUGAAAGCGAUGUUGCCCCAUCAGGUCUGCCUUGGGGAGGCGUUAACAUGCACUACGUCGUUGGACGUGGGCAUGAUGACGCGGGAAGCGGCGGUCGAGGUGGAGCGAGCGCAGCUGCACACCAAAGAGGUGGUUCGACCAUGGGAACCUAUACCUAUGGCAGCGACCCACAGUACCUGAGCCCAACCUACCCAGAUAUGAGCAGUUAUGCUUACACGACAUCUGGCAGCUGGGAGGGAAAUGACGAUAACGCUGAAGGGGAGGACCCGUUAUACUACGAGAGCACCCCCUACUACUAUGACUAUCAGGGAUCCUCGAGCCGUUAG